AGGGCCCCUAGGGCCGCGCUCCGAGCGGCCAGAGCGGCCAGAGGGCGAGCUGCGCGGCGCAGCGCGGCGGGGAGGUAAGAUGGCGCCGUGCUUGGCGCUUCCCCUUCGCUGCUGUUAGGUUUGCUGCUCGCCCUUUCCGUCAGGUUUUGGUAUGAACAGGAUUCGGAUUCACGUCUUGCCAACGAAUCGGGGGAGGAUCACCCCAGUGCCCAGAUCACAGGAGCCCCUUUCUUGUUCGUUCACUCACCGCCCAUGCUCUCAACCGCGUCUGGAGGGGCAGGAGUUUUGCAUCAAGCAUAUCCUUGAAGACAAGAAUGCACCCUUCAAACAAUGUAGUUACAUAUCGACGAAGAAUGGAAAACGGUGUCCCAGUGCUGCCCCCAAGCCUGAGAAGAAAGAUGGGGUGUCUUUCUGUGCCGAACAUGCUCGAAGGAAUGCCCUAGCACUUCAUGCUCAAAUGAAGAAGAACAAUCCAGGCCCUAUGGGUGAAACCCUCUUGUGCCAGUUGAGCUCAUAUGCGAAAACAGAGCUGGGCUCUCAGACCCCAGAGAGCAGUCGAAGCGAAGCUAGCCGGAUACUGGAUGAAGACAGCUGGAGUGAUGGGGACCAGGAACCCAUUACUGUGGAUCAGACAUGGAGAGGUGACCCUGACAGUGAAGCUGAUAGCAUAGACAGUGAUCAAGAAGAUCCCCUAAAACAUGCUGGUGUCUACACAGCUGAAGAAGUGGCUCUUAUUAUGAGAGAAAAGCUAAUUCGUUUGCAGUCUUUGUACAUUGAUCAGUUUAAACGACUACAGCACCUACUCAAAGAGAAGAAGCGCCGUUACUUACACAAUCGAAAAGUGGAACAUGAAGCUUUAGGUAGUAGUCUCCUGACAGGCCCAGAGGGACUUUUAGCCAAAGAAAGAGAGAAUUUAAAGCGACUAAAAUGUCUUAGGCGAUAUCGUCAACGCUAUGGAGUAGAAGCCUUACUGCAUAGGCAGUUGAAGGAACGGAGAAUGCUGGCCACAGAUGGGGCUGCGCAACAGGCUCAUACCACUCGUUCCAGUCAGAGGUGCUUAGCUUUUGUGGACGAUGUUCGUUGCUCGAAUCAGUCUCUUCCAAUGACCAGACACUGCCUUACCCAUAUUUGCCAGGACACAAAUCAGGUUCUCUUCAAAUGCUGCCAGGGGUCUGAAGAGGUACCCUGCAACAAACCUGUUCCUGUAAGCCUUUCUGAGGACCCCUGCUGUCCACUGCAUUUCCAGUUGCCUCCUCAGAUGUAUAAGCCCGAGCAGGUACUGUCUGUGCCAGACGAUCUGGAAGCCGGCCCCAUGGAUCUGUACUUGAGUGCUGCCGAGCUUCAGCCCACUGAGAGUUUACCACUGGAGUUCAGUGAUGACUUGGACGUUGUGGGUGAUGGCAUGCCGUGCCCUCCGUCGCCCUUGCUCUUUGAUCCUUCACUAGCUCUUGAAGAUCACUCUGACAAGGAGAUUGCUGGAGGCCCAGGCCAGAUGCAGGUGACUGGGGAUGGGUGCAGAUCCCAGGUACCUCGAAAUUUAGAGAAAGCCUGUGCAUCAUUCCCUCAGCAUGGAUUGACUACUGCAAAUGGAAAACCAGAACCCACUUCUAUCAGUUGACAGUUCAUUCUGGAAAUUGUUUGACUGUGGUGGAUUUGAGCUUUCCAUUCUCCAAACAAGUCAUCUCUGAUCAUCUCUCACUAAGCAGGGACAACCCAGACUACAUUGCUUUUCUUUGGCUAUUAGCAAACAUAAACCAAAUUUGUGAGGAACGAGUCUUUAGUAUUUAAGUUACAGGGUUCUUUGUGAGGAACGAGUCUUUAGUAUUUAAGUUACAGGGUUCUUUGUGAGGAAGAGAGUGGUAAUUCCUGCCUUUGGGACUAUGCCUGGGAAAGAGACAUUUUUGUGAUGUGAUUUCCUAAGCCCUGGAUGAAUCUACUAGGCAGGGGCUGCAGUCAGGAAUGGCACUCCUUCGGGUGCUGACUGUUCAGUGUCUGGCUGUCUGUAUCUAAAGGCCUGUGUUUAAACCUUUCCUCAGCCCACAUAACUGGGCAAUAGAAACACCUUUUCUUAGUGACUGACUGAAAAGCAGCUCACAGGUCUGGGCUCUCCUUAACUAUCCUUCUUGUUGUUAACUUAUGUAAAUGUCUGGUCGAAUCCCCCUUGUAAAAUACAGUAAAAUUAUUGUAUAUAGUUUAUAUUAAAUGUUAAAAUGUUAUGGAAAUGUAAAGUAGUGUGAAUUGAAUUUUGUUUUUGUAUUUGAGAGUGUCUAUAUUAUUUUCUGGGACUUCAGUGCCAUUUGAUGGGAAGAGGGAAAAGGGAGGAGUGCAUGAUACUCCUGUCCUAGGGCAGGCAUCACUGGGGAAAUGGUAUGAGAGAAGUGGCACUUGUUACCAGCUCACUGGGCCAGAUAGAAUUGGGUUCACUGCAGAGUGAGUUAGUUCAGUAGUGGGCUCAAGACUGUCCAGUGGUUAGGGCCUUGGUCAAACCCCAUAGAGGGGAUGAGAGGAUAGGGGUCAGAUGUGAUGAGGUUUGUGUCAGGCUGGUUCUAGGGAAACUAAAGGAAGCUUCCAAAGCCCGAAUAACAGUUUACAGAAAACAAGUAAUAAAACUGUGAGCUUGUCCUAGGGGUGGAUGUUGUUAUUGUGUGAACUGUACAUUUCUCCCUACGAGAAAGAAUACUGAGGUGAAGAUUAUUAGCUUAGCCCAAGUCACUGUCAGGUGUUUCAGUUACUCACCUGUUGCAUCUAACUAAGACUUACGGUUCCAGAAGGGGUAAGAGGCCAUGGCAGGCAGGUGUGGUGGCAGGGUUAGGAGGCCGAGAAUUCAUGUCCUUGACUACAAGCAUGAAAAGCAAACAAGUGGCACAAGGCUUUUAAUCUCAAAGGCCAGCUUCCUGCAACAGCAAGUCUGUAUCACUUGAAACUCCCCAAACUGCCCCCAACUGGACAUUGAGGGUCCAAAUGCUAGAGGCUGUGGUGGACAUUUUUCAUUUGAAUAAGCACAUCAGGUUUAGCCAAUGGAAAAUCCAGACCCACAGUACUGGACCAGAGAUUGUCAGAAGGGGAGCUGGUCCAAACAUCCAUAAUGGAAGGCCAGAGUGCAUCUGAUGGACCUGAUCCAGGCCAAACAGUAACCCCCUCCCCCCAUCAUCAGGGCUGGGAGACAGGCACUGCUGCAGGAUGAGAAAGGUUGUAUGAUUCGUGGGGAGUGUAGGUUAUGGGAGGCUAGGUGGCAUAGUAGCUCAUGCUGCUGUACCCAACAUUGCCUUUUUGACUGAGAUGGAUACAAGUGCUAAGGUUUUACUCUGCUGUACUGAACUUUGCUAACAUUCCUUUGCUUAUUAGUGUCCUAGCUGCCCAAGGAAUCAGGAAGUAAAUGAAACUUACAGAUCUUAGCAAGUUCUUGAAGCCUACAAGGUUCAUAAGUCUUCCCAAAGAUAUAUAAGCAGUAACUAAUUUCUGCAGAGAGGAGACUCCAAAAUAAGCAAACUCUGUAAACCAGCUCUCAGCAAGCUGUGUCAGGAGCUCCAGGGGUGCGACUUCUGUCAGUUUUCACAAUGUUGGGGUGAACUUUUUCGGUGAUGUACCUAUCUCUAAAUCAUCUGUGCUCCUGUAAGUAAACCAAUAAACUCAGCAGUUCACUUAA